AUGUACCGCUGUAUUUCGGUUGAGUUUGGCCGGCUCACCCCUAAAGAACGCAUUUCAAUUGCUGUAGACAGCAAACAAUUUACUAACAUUACUAUAAUUCAUAGCAUCUGCCUCUGCGCAACUGUGCACUCUUAUGAGAUAUUUGAAAUAGGCUCACCAUUGGCCACUAUACGAGAUGGGUACGGCUGGAUCAUCGAUGUACACUUUAAGCUCAUUCACGUAAUAGAUCUAGAGCGUUAUGACUUGACAACCAAUCAACUAGAACAUUUACUAACCAACCUCAAUGAAACAACAACAACCACAGAAGUACUGCUGUUCCAACUAAACAGAAUUCGCACACACUUGGAUGAACUGAGAGGGCACAAACUUGCGAGAUCGAAGCGAUCCAUCAAUUGGAUAGGGUCUGCCUGGAAAUGGAUAGCUGGUUCACCAGAUGCGCUCGACUGGGAUAAGGUCCUUAACAACGAAAACUCCCUUAACCAAAAUAGUAACAGGCAAUACAAGCUAAACAGCGUUGUGACGAUCACAAAUGACGUCGUCGAUCGAAGAACCAGGGAAAGGCUCGAGCAGGAUGUCCAAAACAAGAUAGCUAUUCUGAAGGAAGACUUGAACGAGCUGAUACGCGCCUGCCAAAUGGCUAAGGCUGGCAUCGUCAAUAGCAAUCUCUUAAGCAAGGAAGAAGUUAACCAGCUUGUUGGCGAGAUUGACAUCCUUCCAUACAGUAAUGCCAUUGAAGCCAUCGAGUAUAGCAAACCUUCGAUCUACACCAACAACACGCUAUUGCUGUACGUGUUAUCUCUGCCUAAGGUCACGGAGGAAAGAUUCAACCACCUUAUCACACGAGCUAAUGUCCAGAAGGGCCAUCGGAUAGAAUUGGCGUACAAAACUACCCUUAUAAGCAAACAGGAGACGUUUGGUAUAAGGGGAGACUGUUUGCACUUAUCCUCAGCAAUGGUAUGUGAAAAGAAAUCCUUGGACCUGCUACCGGAGGAUGGUUGUUUGGCUCGUCUCCUCAAGGGCGGAGAAACAAGUUGUCCUUACUUGACAAGCAACGCAUCUACCGUCGAAGUAAUCAAAGAUGAUACUAUUUUCCUGAACAAUUUCGUUGGCAACAUAAGUUCAGACGAUGACGACGAUGACAUUCCACUUAGUGUCUUGAAAAACCAAAUAGAAGCUGAAGCUAAAAGUAUGGAAAAAGAAGCUGCCGAAAUUCUCGAACACUUACCUCCUGAGGCUACUUUCACAGAAGAAGAAAUAAGAGACUGGAAUAACGACGACUUGAUUGAAGAGGUUGAAGUUAUUGAAGAAAGCGAAUCCGAAGAUGAAGUUGAAGCUACAGGUGGAAAUGAACAAAAGCUCAUAAGUUCAUCCGAAGCCAUUCAACAAAGCUAUAGCAUGGGCAACUGCUGA